AUGGAAGACAAUAAUUCGCUCGUCUAUGGGCUAGAGUUCCAGGCCCGAGCUCUAGCGUCCCAGCAGGCCGAGAGCAAUGAUGUCCGAUUUUUCGUGGCCACGCAGAGUCUCAAGCCCAACAACCAGCUGCACGUCGUUGACCUGAACGAGGACAGUUCGGCGUUGCGAUCUCGAAUAUUCGCCCAUCCACUCGGUGAGGUAUGGAAGCUGAAUGCGAGUGCUCACGAUCCGCGCUUGCUGGCCAGCUGCUACAGUUGGCUCAAGGGAACGCAAAUCGCAAUGCAGGCGGCCUUGCUAACGCUACCCGAGUCGCUCGAGUCAGUUGACGGCGAGCAGGAGUUUCUUGCGUUCGCACAGGUUGAAAAACUCGCAACCGAGGGUUACGGAGCAGAAAUACGCACCACCGAGUUCCAUCAGACUGACCCUAACUUGUUGGCCUGCGUAAUCGACGGGAAGAUCGUACUGUUCAACCGGGCCGAGGCGGCAACCCGCGUGGCGGCGGAGAUCAACGCGAAAAACGUUCCCAAAUUUACAACCGGACGAUGGUCGCACUUUCACCAGGGCAAUCAAUUCAUUGCUCUGCACGACUGCAGUGUAAGAUCUUACGACGUUCGUGAUCCAAACCACGUUGUCUGGACCAUCGACGAAGCACACAGUCAGCUGGUGCGGGAUCUCGACUGCAAUCCGAACAAGCAGUGUCACAUCGCGACGGGCGGUGACGAUGGUGUGCUGAAGGUUUGGGACUUCCGUAACACCAAGGAGCACGUGUUUGCCCGCAGUGACCAUCACCACUGGAUAUGGAGUGUGCGCUUCAACACAUUCCAUGACCAGCUGCUACUCUCUAGCGGAAGCGACGGGAAGGUGCUGCUGACUUGUGCCGGAAGCGUAAGCUCCGAGGCACCCGAAGUGGGCAGUGGAGCAGCAGGAGAGACGGAAUCUGGCAGCAGUGGAGCAGCCGGUGGGAGCGGUGAACUGCGGGAACACCUGGCCGAUGGUUUGUUGCAGACUUUCGAUCAGCACGAGGAUUCGGUGUACGGGGUCGAGUGGAGCACAGCGGAUCCGUGGAUGUUCGCGUCGCUUAGUUACGAUGGUCGGAUGAUAAUCUCGAAAGUUCCAAAGCAGUACAAGUAUCAGAUACUGCUGUAAAUUUGGUGUAACCUAGCGACGGAGCGACCAAUGGCCACUAAGCUGCCAAUAAAUCAUUCCUUUAUUUAUUCUAAUACACGGAA